GUGAAUGGAGGAGCCUGACAGUUAAAAGAGGCGGAGGCGGCGAAAUGGCGGCGGCGGCGGGGGAAGGAGCGGCAGCGGCAUAAUGAGGCGACGCCUGUAACCGGGGCAGCUCCAGGCUGGGUCCCGCCUGGCAGGAUAUCUAGGUUUGAAACAAAGUUACAGGCUUGGAAACUCUGGAUAAGCUCAAUAUCAAGAUUCAAGGAGCUGAGCAGCAAUGUGGUUAGCCUCGAAGCAGAUAUAAUGGUGUCAAAAUGCAGUUCAGAGAACAUAUACUUAGAGGGCACAGAAACUAAUAUGUAAGCUGUGUUGGAACAAAAAUGCAAUGAAAGAAACACUGGAUGAAUGAAUGAAAAGCCCUGCUUUGCAGUUCCUCAGCAUGGCAGGACUACAACUCAUGACCCCUGCUUCCUCACCAAUGGGUCCUUUUUUUGGACUUCCAUGGCAACAAGAAGCAAUUCAUGAUAAUAUUUACACACCAAGAAAAUACCAGGUUGAACUGCUGGAAGCAGCUCUGGAUCAUAAUACAAUAGUCUGUUUAAACACUGGCUCAGGGAAGACUUUUAUUGCAGUACUACUCAUUAAAGAACUGUCUUAUCAGAUCAGGGGAGAUUUUAACAAAAAUGGAAAAAGAACAGUAUUCUUGGUCAACUCUGCAAACCAAGUUGCUCAGCAAGUGUCAACUGUUAGGACGCAUUCAGAUCUCAAAGUGGGAGAGUAUUCAAGUUUGGAAAUAACUGAAGCAUGGACAAAAGAGAAAUGGAACCAAGAAUUUGCUAAGUAUCAGGUUCUCGUAAUGACCUGUCGUGUCGCUUUGAAUAUUUUAAAAAAUGACCAUUUAUCCCUGUCAAACAUUAAUCUUCUUAUUUUUGAUGAGUGCCAUCUUGCAAUUCAGGAUCACCCCUAUCGAGAAAUUAUGCAGCUUUGUGAGAGUUGUCCGUCAUGCCCCCGAAUUUUAGGAUUAACAGCUUCCAUUUUAAAUGGGAAAUGUGAUCCAGCAGAGUUGGAAGAGAAGAUUCAGAAAUUGGAGAACAUUCUAAAGAGUAGUGCGGAAACUGCAACUGAUUUAGUGGUUUUGGACAGGUAUACUUCUCAGCCUUGUGAGAUUGUGGUAGAUUGUGGACCAUAUGCUGACAAAAGUGGGCUCUAUGAAAGGUUGUUAACGGAGCUGGAUGAUGCACUUCACUUUCUGAAUGAUUGCAACAUAUCUGUACUGUGUAGGGAGAGAGAUUCUACCUUAAUUUCUAAACAGAUACUGUCAGACUGCCGAGCAGUGUUGCUUGUUCUGGGACCCUGGUGUGCUGAUAAAGUAGCUGGGAUGAUGGUGAGAGAGCUACAGAAGUACAUAAAGCACGAGCAAGAGGAGCUGCACAGGAAAUUUUUAUUGUUUACAGAUACUUUCCUAAGGAAAAUACAUGCACUCUGUGAAGAGCACUUCUCACCUGCCUCACUUGACCUGAAAUUUGUAACCCCAAAAGUAAUAAAACUGCUUGAAAUUUUGCGUAAAUACAAGCCCUAUGAACGGCAACAGUUUGAAAGUGUUGAGUGGUAUAAUAAUCGGAAUCAGGAUAAUUAUGUGUCCUGGAGUGAUUCUGAGGAUGAGGACGAAGAUGAAGAAAUAGAGGAGAAAGAGAAAACGGAAACUAAUUUUCCUUCUCCCUUUACUAAUAUUUUAUGUGGAAUUAUUUUUGUGGAAAGAAGAUACACAGCAGUUGUUUUGAACAGGUUGAUAAAAGAAGCUGGCAAACAAGACCCGGAGCUGGCUUACAUCAGCAGCAAUUUUAUAACUGGACAUGGCAUUGGAAAGAAUCAGCCCCGUAGUAAACAGAUGGAAGUAGAAUUCCGAAAGCAGGAAGAGGUACUUAGAAAAUUUCGAGCACACGAGACCAACUUACUAAUUGCAACUAGUAUUGUAGAAGAGGGUGUUGACAUACCAAAAUGCAAUUUGGUGGUUCGUUUUGAUUUGCCCACAGAAUAUCGUUCCUAUGUGCAGUCCAAAGGAAGGGCCAGGGCACCUAUCUCGAAUUACAUCAUGUUAGCAGAUUCAGACAAAAUCAAAUGUUUUGAAGAAGAUCUUAAAACAUACAAGGCAAUUGAGAAGAUCCUGAGGAACAAAUGCUCAAAGUCUGUGGAUACUAGUGAAACCGAAAAUGAACCCAUUAUAGAUGACGAUGAUAUAUUCCCACCAUAUGUGCUAAGACCAGAAGAUGGCGGUCCAAGAGUCACAAUAAACACUGCUAUUGGGCACAUUAAUAGGUACUGUGCUAGACUGCCAAGUGACCCGUUUACUCAUCUAGCUCCCAAGUGUAAAACUAGAGAACUCCCUGAUAACACAUUUUAUUCAACUCUUUAUCUACCUAUCAAUUCUCCUCUACGAGCAUCAAUAGUUGGUCCUCCAAUGAAUUGCACAAGAUUGGCAGAGAGAGUUGUUGCUCUUAUUUGCUGUGAAAAAUUGCAUAAGAUUGGUGAACUGGAUGAUCACUUGAUGCCUGUUGGGAAAGAGACAGUGAAAUAUGAGGAGGAACUUGAUUUGCAUGAUGAAGAAGAAACCAGUGUUCCAGGAAGGCCAGGCUCUACAAAACGAAGGCAAUGCUACCCUAAAGCUAUUCCAGAAUGUUUGACGGAUAGUUAUCCCAAACCUGACCAACCCUGUUACCUUUAUGUAAUUGGAAUGGUAUUAACUACCCCUCUACCUGAUGAGCUCAACUUCAGGCGGCGAAAGCUAUAUCCUCCUGAAGAUACUGCAAGAUGUUUUGGAAUACUGACAGCCAAACCUAUACCUCAGAUUCCUCACUUUCCUGUGUAUACCCGCUCGGGAGAAGUGACCAUAUCUAUUGAGCUAAAGAAAUCAGGAUUCACUUUGUCUUUACAAAUGCUUGAGUUGAUCACAAGACUUCACCAGUACAUUUUCUCUCACAUUCUUCGGCUUGAGAAACCUGCACUAGAAUUCAGACCUACCGAUGCUGAUUCAGCCUAUUGUGUUCUACCUCUUAAUGUUGUUGAUGGCUCCAGCACUUUGGACAUUGAUUUUAAAUUUAUGGAAGAUAUUGAAAAAUCUGAAGCACGUACAGGCAUUCCCAGUACACAGUAUACAAAAGAGACACCUUUUAUUUUCAAAUUAGAAGAUUACCAGGAUGCAGUUAUCAUUCCAAGGUAUCGAAAUUUUGAUCAGCCUCAUCGAUUUUAUGUUGCUGAUGUCUACACAGAUCUUACUCCACUGAGCAAAUUUCCUUCCCCAGAAUAUGAAACUUUUGCUGAAUAUUAUAAAACCAAGUAUAACCUUGACCUGACCAAUCUCAACCAGCCAUUGCUGGAUGUGGACCACACAUCUUCAAGACUUAAUCUUUUGACUCCUCGUCAUCUGAAUCAGAAGGGGAAAGCUCUUCCACUGAGUAGUGCUGAGAAGAGGAAAGCUAAGUGGGAAAGUCUACAGAACAAACAGAUUCUGGUUCCAGAACUCUGUGCUAUCCAUCCUAUUCCAGCAUCGCUGUGGAGAAAAGCAGUUUGCCUCCCCAGCAUUCUUUAUCGUCUUCACUGCCUUUUGACAGCCGAGGAACUCAGAUCCCAAACCGCCAUUGAUGCUGGUGUAGGAGUUAAGUCACUCCCUUCAGAUUUCAGAUAUCCUAACCUGGACUUUGGGUGGAAGAAGUCUAUUGACAGCAAAUCCUUCAUCUCUGCUUCUAGCUCUUCUGUAGCAGAGAAUGAAAAUUAUUUUAAGCACAGCGCAAUUGUAGUCCCUGAAAAUGCUGCAUAUCAAGGUGCUAAUAAAACCUCUUCUGCAGAUAAGCAUGACCAAAUGUCUGUGAGCAACAGAACAUUGAUUGAGUCACCUAGUAAACUCCAAAAUGACGUCUCGGUAGAACUGGCAACAGUUAAUGGUGUUUCUUACAAUAAAAAUCUUGCCAACGGCAAUUUUGACUUAGCUAGCCGAGACUUUUGCCAAGGAAAUCAGCUAAAUUACUCCAGGCAGGAAAUACCUGUACAACCAACUACCUCGUAUCCUAUUCAGAAUUUAUACAACAGUGAGAACCAGCUCAAGCCCAGCAAUGAAUGUACUCUACUGAGUAAUAAAUAUCUUGAUGGAAAUGCUAACAAAUCUACCUCAGAUGGAUGUCCCAGAAUGGCCCUGAACACCAGUGCUUCAGAUGCUUGUGAUCUUUCAAAGGAAAGAAUGGAUUCUGUAACAAGCCCUUCCAAGGGAUACUCCUCAAAAACCCUUGGCCCAAACCCUGGUCUCAUUCUUCAGGCUUUGACUCUCUCAAAUGCUAGCGAUGGAUUUAAUCUGGAGCGUCUUGAAAUGCUUGGUGAUUCAUUUCUAAAGCAUGCCAUCACUACAUAUUUGUUUUGCACUUACCCUGAUGCUCAUGAGGGACGCCUGUCGUAUAUGAGAAGCAAAAAAGUCAGCAAUUGUAAUUUGUAUCGUCUUGGAAAAAAGAAAGGGCUUCCUAGUCGCAUGGUGGUAUCUAUUUUUGACCCACCUGUCAACUGGCUUCCUCCUGGUUACAUAGUAAACCAAGACAAGAGUAAUACAGACAAAUGGGAAAAAGAUGAAAUGACAAAAGAGGGAUUGAUGUCUAAUGGAAAACUUGAUGAUGAUUAUGAUGAUGACGAUGACGACGACUUAAUGUGGCGAGUACCCAAGGAGGAAGCUGACUUUGAGGAUGACUUUAUGGAAUACGAUCAGGAGCAUAUCAAAUUCAUUGACAAUAUGUUAAUGGGUUCUGGAGCAUUUGUGAAGAAAAUAUCCCUUUCCCCAUUUUCACCCACUGAUAACAGUUAUGAGUGGAAAGCACCCAAAAAAUCAACCUUGACUAAUGUCCAGUUUGCAUCAGAUUUUGAUGAUUUUGAUUACAGCUCCUGGGAUGCAAUGUGCUAUCUAGACCCUAGCAAGGCUGUUGAAGAGGAUGACUUUGUAGUGGGUUUCUGGAAUCCAUCAGAGGAAAAUUGUGGUAUUGAUGCUGGAAAACAGUCCAUCUCCUAUGACUUACAUACAGAACAAUGCAUUGCUGACAAAAGCAUUGCAGACUGUGUGGAAGCCCUUCUGGGCUGCUAUCUGACCAGCUGCGGUGAAAGAGCUGCCCAGCUUUUCCUCUGUUCACUGGGGCUAAAAGUGCUUCCGGUUAUUAAGAAAACUGAUUGGGAGAGUGCUCUGUAUUCCUACAGAGAGCAUUUUAACCACCAGCAGAAACAUUCUUCAGCAAUCUGUGUUUCUGCCUCUCUAGCCAAUCAAGAGUCUUCUCUGUAUAAAGACUUGAUGUAUGGCUGUUUAAAGAUUCCUCCAAGAUGUAUGUUUGAUCAUCCAGAUGCUGAGCGAACCUUACAUCACCUUAUAUCUGGCUUUGAAAACUUUGAGAAGAAAAUUAGCUACAGUUUUAAGAAUAAGGCUUAUCUACUUCAGGCAUUUACUCAUGCCUCCUAUCAUUACAACACCAUUACUGAUUGUUACCAGCGGUUGGAAUUCCUGGGAGAUGCAAUUUUGGACUACCUCAUAACCAAGCACCUUUACGAAGACCCACGGCAGCACUCUCCUGGAGUUCUAACAGACCUGCGAUCUGCUCUUGUUAACAACACCAUCUUUGCCUCAUUGGCUGUAAAGUACGAUUACCACAAAUACUUCAAAGCUGUCUCUCCCGAGCUGUUUCAUGUUAUUGAUGACUUUGUGCAGUUUCAGAUGGAAAAAAACGAAAUGCAAGGAAUGGAUUCCGAGCUCCGAAGAUCUGAAGAAGAUGAAGAAAAAGAGGAGGACAUAGAAGUACCAAAGGCCAUGGGGGAUAUAUUUGAGUCACUCGCUGGUGCCAUUUACAUGGAUAGUGGAAUGUCUCUUGAAAUGGUUUGGCAAGUGUACUAUCCAAUGAUGAGGCCAUUAAUAGAGAAAUUCUCUGCAAAUGUGCCCCGUUCCCCAGUACGAGAGCUGCUGGAAAUGGAGCCAGAGACAGCUAAAUUUAGUCCUGCGGAAAGAACCUACGAUGGAAAGGUCAGAGUAACUGUGGAAGUUGUAGGAAAGGGAAAGUUCAAAGGUGUUGGAAGAAGCUAUCGGAUCGCUAAAUCUGCUGCAGCAAGAAGAGCUCUACGAAGCCUCAAAGCAAAUCAACCUCAGGUUCCAAAUAGCUGAGACACCUCUUAAAAACAACAACAACAACCACACACUCAAUAGAGAAAUUUAAAAGAUAUAUGUUGAGAGGAACAAACUGAAGACAGCAUUUAAAGUUUGAUAACAAAUAGCUAACAACAUUUAACAUGUACACAUAAUUUUGGAACGAAAUGUAGUUAUAGGGUUUUUUUGCGCAAACACAAUCUUGUCUUCUUUCCUCACUUCUGCUUUGUUUAAUCACAAGAGUGCUUUAAUGAUGACAUUUAGCAAGUGUUCAAAAUAAUUGUUGUCAGGUAUCUUUGGUUUACUUUGUCAGUACAGCUUUGCUUAGUGUGUAAAGGCCAGGGAGCUUAUGCCUAUUGCAGUUACUAGAUUUAUAUAUAUAUGUAUAUAUAUAUAGUAAUCUUGAAAUUCCUCAAAUCUGUGCACUAGUGCCAGUCACGAAGCAGUUUAUAAACUGCACCGGAUGAUUUGGUGUAAGGAUUAAGUGUGCCAGUAUUGUCCUUGUUCUUUCCAUGCCAUCUUUGCAUUAAGAUGGCAUUCCCAAUCAUUAUUGCACUUGUUUGUUAGGGACAGGUUUAAAUUGAAAUGUCUGGCAUCAGAUAGAUUUUAAAACUGAUGCCGCAUAGUCUUGCAUCAAAAGGUUCUUGCCUUAAAAGUACAUAAGCCCUCACUAAUGCAACCUUUCAUUUCUGAACUCCUUGGAGCAAACUGUAUUACAUUCCCUUCAUUUUUAGAACGCAUUUUACAAUGAUGAAGCUCCAUAUUUACAGUACAACAUGUUAGUUUAGCUGUGACCUAACUUAUUACAGGACUGUAAUAGAAAUCGUAUUCAUAUAUAUGUAGUGAGGUUAUUUUUUAACAAUUCAGAGGAAAUGGUUAGUACAGAUCUUAUUUGUUAUUGCAAACAGAAAAGUCUCUCGCUGAUUUCCAUUGUUACAGAAACCGAGACUGAGCACAGUCCAUCACUCUUGUGGAACCUCCUUUCCCUUCAAGGGACUUGUGCAAGAGAUUUUCUUGGUGGAUUGCAGGCAUUGCUUCCAGUAUUGGAACUUUGUAAUAAUAGCUAACUGCACAGUGCAAACUGUUGCUUUAAAAAGAAUUUUUGACAUAUCGCACCUAAAAUAUGCUGCAGAUUUUAUAUUGGAUACAUAUUUAACAAACGGAGCACCUUUACACCUUUAAGAGCGAUUUCCACGUAAAUUUCUUACUGUACUUUUCAGAAUUGCAUGCAUAUUUCACCUACCAAAGCUGUGCUGUUAAAUGCCAUGGAAGUUGUUGUGUGAGAGAAAUUGCCAUACUUUUGAUACAUCUGUGAUUUAGGUCCUUUACCUUAGAAUAACUAGCUCAUUAUUGUUGUUUCAGUUGAUAUGAAAGCAUACUUUUAAGGCUAUGCCUAAGUUUCUUUAGAUAUUUGUAGGCACCCUUCACUUAAAUACCUCAGUUCUUCUUUGUUCUUUUUGUGUCUUUUUUCCCUUUUGCAUGCAUUUUUGUUUGUUUUUGGUGCUAUGUGUAUGUAUUAUGCUUGAAAUUUUAAUUUUUGCACUGUAACUAUAAUACCUCUUAAUUUUACCUUGUUUAAAAAGCUGUGGGUCGUCUUGCACUCCCACCAAUAUCAAUAGAGGUUUGCUGCAAUUGUACCCCAUUAAUUAUGCUUGAAGUUUGAGAGAGCUGAGCAAGUUUUUUUUAAUGUUUUCCAGCACAGUGGUCUGCUCUUGAUGCUGUUUUAUGUGUUAAAUUACAGAUAAUACUGUGUUCUGUGUUAAAGACACCCCCCUUCCUCACACAUGUGCAUUCAAAAUUUAGAGGGGAAAACAUCUGGCUUACCUUUCUAAAAGAGAAGGAUCAUACCUUAGUGGCAGAAGACAUUCAACUUUUUCUGAAAUACAGAAUUUAGUUUAACAAAUCUUUCCAACGAUGACAGUGAAAUGAAAUAUUUUUGUGUGACUUCAGUCACAGUGAGCAAGUAAAAUGUCAUGGAAGGAUUAAAAGACAAGCUCAUGUGCAGGGAUGAACUACACACAUGGCUCAAAAGUUUCUUUGUUUUUUGCUGCAGACACCCCACCCCUACCCCCCACCCCCCUGGAUGAGGAAGCAAGCCUCAUUUUCAGUUUGGAAAAUGACCGUUCUUCCAUGCUGGCACACUGGAUCCAGGUAGGUUAGUGCUGCCUAGAGCUCGAAGACGGGAAUGUCAUUAGAGUCACAGGAUGUUUUAACUGUUCCUGGAAUCGGUCUUCAAAUACGUUCCUCGAGAGCAGCAGCUUUAGGAAGGUUUCUGAUUUCUCCUCUGCUUCAGGCUUGCAUUUUCUACUUUCGCCUGCUUAUUUCUUUACUUGCUCUUUUUGUACUGUGUACUUGGCCAGGAUCCUUCUAAUUUCCUUUCUUCUUGCAUGCUUUGAUCUGUUUGUAUUUUUCACUGAUUGCUUUUUGUGUUCCAUGGGGGAUUUCCCCAUCUACCCAAGUCCUAGUCAGAGUUCAGUAUCCUCCUGCUUUUUAGCUCACCAUGGCUACCUCAGAUAGAUUUAUUUUUCUCUUACAAUUUGUGUUGUCUCUGUGUGUGAGAGGUUUGGUUGUUGUUAAAAUCAUUUUUAUUUCGAAAAAAAAUAUAUUCUGCAAUGGAUUCUACCCCUCCCACUGUUGAUUUUCCCAGGUUUUCCCUCUCUUAUUAAACUCCCUAGCUGUUGAGUCAAAUAAUUUUCCCUAUUCAUGCAGCUACAAUUAACUAACGACAUGCAAUUUUUGUUAGCAGAAAUUACAAACUUCUUUCCCCCCAACUUAACCUAUUCAGCAGCAGCCUACUGCAGCACCUGUUGCACAACAGCCAGGGCCUGGGCCUGCUCUGCUUGUGCCACUGCGGCCUGCCUUUGUAUGUCAUGACUAUCCUGAUUUGCACUCAAGUCUCCGUAUGAAUGAAUCAAAAGCAGUGUUGGGCAAAGUUAUGGGAAGCAGGUCCACUGUGUCCAAAUGUUGGGCAUCCGAGUAUUUUCUGGAGCCUUGCAAGACACUCAAGUCUCUGUACUGACAAGACUAGUGGCUUCAUUGGCCAAACAUUUGUGCACCUUCCCAUACACGUGGAUCCCUUCUUCAUCCUAAAAGCCAACUUGACCUUCCACUGAUACCAAGAGGUCAUUCUGCCUACUUUCUGCAGCUCCCCACUCCACCCCACUGAGAAAGUGUGGCACUCCCUAAGAUGCCUUAAAGCGCUACAUCUCUAGGACUCAAACAUAAAAAGAUUCCUUGUUUUCUUUUCUGCACUCAACCCGGGCAAAGCAGAUUAAGGCUGGCAUUUCCCUGGCUUGUGACUUCCUAAAGUUGCCCACCACAACAAAUUUACUGCUCGCUCCAGCAGCAUUUUUCAACCAACACACCUCUUUAGGAGGUAUGCCAGGGAGCUACAGGGUCAUUUGUCGUUACAAGGUAGACCUGUUUGCUUCAGCUGAAGUGGCCUUUGGAAGAUGAGUCUUACAAAGUGUGCUUCCUCCACCCUAGGCAGCCACCAAUAACCCUAUUGAUAUUGGUCAGCUUUCAAACAUCCCAUCUGGGUCCAGUAUGCCAGUACAGGAGAGGGGUCUGUUAAGCUCACAGAAGGGUGUUUCUCCUCCUGGCACCCAGGGCCGCAUCUUACUUUUUCCAUGAAUGGCUGCCUACAGAUCAAACUUUUGGGGAGUGAUUAUAUGCACACACAGAGAUGUUUAACUGAGUUCAACCUGUCUGCAUGUGGUAUGCGUGGUCUUCUGUCUGUUUCUUCUUCUUAGCUUGGCAAAACUACCUGGAGACUGCUCACAGGAACGCAGAGGUUAAAACUUCCUGUGAACCUAUUGAUAUUCCUGCCUUUGACUUCUAGGCAGCACUAACCAACCUGGGUCCAGGAUGGCACAGAGAAACACCCUUCAGGUGAUUCCAGCUGAUUCCAGUGGGCCCUUUUCAGCUUCAGUAUGAGCAGCUGCUGUGAAAAUACCCAUUACAUGCAGAGUAUUCCCGAAAUUUAGCUUUGUAUUGUGACAUUUGUUACAACGUUUAGGUAAAGCUGUAGUCCUCAAACCACUAAUCUGAGGUGCUGUAAAAGUAUUCUUACAGAGUUUAACAAGACUUUUCAGUGGUAAGUGGAUUGAGGAUUACCAUCUAAAUUCUAUUCAUGCAUAGGUAGUUUAUGAAUAAACACUGUUAAAUCUACAAUUGCAGCCCACAGCAAGGAUUUUGCAGCUCUAGUAAAUAAUAGCUACUAAUGUUGAUCGUUUUCUUUGCUGAUGCCCAGAUCAGCAUUUAAAAGCUCGCAAGUUUCUGUAAUUCAAAAAAAGGGCAUGUAUUAUCCCAAUCAAAUAUAUAAGCUUUGGUUUUUCUUUUCUUUUUGUGAAAUGCCAUAUGUAAAAUCAAAACCAAUCUCAUGAGACUGAAAGAUAGUAAAUGCUUCACAUAAAUGUUUCAUACUUGGAUAAUUUCAAAGGUUAAGAGUGUAGCCUGAUGGCAAUAGGAAUAAUUACACUCUCUAAUCAGAAGUAUUCAAUGCCUCCCUGUUGAAGAAAGCUAAUGAACUGAAACUGAAAAUAUUGAGUAGGGGCCAAUGGUAAAUGUAGGUCCUGCUGCUGUUUGUGUGUGUGCGUGUUUAAUGCAACAACCUUUUUGCUGUAUGAUUUAAUUCAAAUAUUACAUAAUGCUGUUAGAAUGCAAAAACACACUAGUUUCCAUGCUGUGCAACUGCAUUACCCACGUCCCCUUUUUAGUACAGUUGGAGUAUUGGAAAAUGUAUGCUAUUUAGACCUAAAUCUCACCCUUUGAAGGUUGGGAUCGAAAUCCCUUGACAUGCUACAAGCAUGAGAGGAAAUGGACUGUUGCAAGCCUGUCUUCACAAUGUAUCACACAGACUCCUCAUGUAGACAGCAGAGGGGUUAAUUGGCAUGAACCUAAUUUUGGAUUUGUGUGUGUGUUUGUGUGUUCUGUUACACUGUAUACUUAAAACAGUCCUCCUAACUAUGCUGCAUUUUUAUUUUUGUUAUGGCUUUGUUUUGUGCUGUUCUGUUCAUGUAGCACAAAUAAGCAUUGCACUUGGUACCGUGCUUUACCUCAUUUCAAGGAGAAAGAUACUUAAUUAGAGGAAUUAAUGUGGUUUGGGCCUUGCUGCUGCUUUGAUUUACUGAAUUUGAAAAAAGAUGAUUAGAAUACCUGCAAUGUGUCACUUAAAUUGCACAACUGAAAUAGGCUGUUUGUUGGUUUUUUGUCUGUAACUUUUUCUAUAUUUUAAGGAAGAAAGACUUUGGUCUAGGAUCCAGAGAGCCCCUUGCAUGACUGGAAGGUGCUUCUGCAAGUGGGAAGGGAGGGGUAUUCUCCAAUUUCCAAUGAGUCUUCUCUCCCAGAUGCAGCUACCCACACCUCAUCCUAUUUCCUUCUGGAGAUCCACUAACCCAGACAUGGGGAAUCUAUGACCUUUGGAUGUUGCUGGGUUACAAUUCCCAUUAUCUUUGACCAUUGGUCAUGCAGGCUGGGGCUGAUUGGAAUUGUAGUUCAGGAACAUUUGGCUGGCCACCAGUCCCUGUCCCUCCCCUAUCUUUUCAGUGGAUGCAAAGGGCUGCAAAAAGGAGGCGUAAGAUCCACACUGCACAAGCAGAACACUGCCCAGGGACUCUCGGGGUCCCAGCAGUGUCUUUUUUUGCCAUCCUUUUACUGUCUUGUGAAACGGUUAACAUUUAAAAUGGACUCUUUCCAGCCCCCUUCCCUUGCCCUGCCUUGCUGUAAAUUCACUGAACAUGCAUACAUAACAGUCAAUAAGAUUUCUCCUUCGUUUUGAAUACAAAGGGAUCUAUCUGUAGGUAUCAUCUGGUCAAGUGCAGAGGGCAGAAUUUUUAACCAGAUUGAACUGUGAGAAGUCCUGUAAGGGGUAAGGCCACAUCUGCAAGUGGCAUAAACUGGCAUUCUAACAGGAAAAAAAAAGUUAUUUGACAAUAUUUGAGCUAUGCGCUGUUCUACCUUCCUCAUUGAAUGUAAUGGAAUUAGUUGUGUGUGAGUAAUUAAAGAGACUGAACCUAGGGCAACGUUACACUAUUAAUGGCAAAUAUUUUCACUUUCAGUGAAGCGAAGAUGUGUUAAUAUUUAUAAGACUGUGUCUUUAAAUCCUUAAGACUUUACAACCAUGAAAUGUAACUGAAACCUACAUUUUCACCAGCAGAAGUUUGAUAACAGAUAUCCAUAAAGUCAGGUAGAAUACAAAGGGUUGGAUCUAGACUAAGCGAGUUGAACUUAGUUCCUAUAGAUAUCAGUGGGACUUACGACUAGCUUGAUCCAUUGCUUUCAGUGGAACUUAAGUUCAACUAUCUUAGUUUUGAUCCAGCCCAAAACUGUUAAUUGCAACUUCAUGCAAGAGUAACUCAACAUUAAUCUCUCAGUUUUAUUUCCUAAGUCCUUUUAUAGCUUCCCCACUUGCAUAUGUUUAAUUUGGAUAACCACAGACUGUUUAAAUUGAUAUGAUUGAUGCACUCAGUUUUACUACAGCAGCAAGUUAUCUAGAGAAACAGAAGUUGAACAAGCAUUGAAAAUUGCAGGCUUUUUUAUUGUAAAUAGUUUGACUGUAAAGAUGGUUAAAAUCAAGUAGAAUGAAUAACAUAAUUUGAUGGACAAUAAAAUAUUUCCCAUCACAUGCUGCAGCUGUCUAAGGGACAUAAAAUGUAAUUCAUUCAUACUGUAAUCAUGCUGCAGAAAUUUGCAGUCUGCACCUUAUGGAUCACAAUUACCUUUAAUAGAUUUUUUUGUAAUAAUUGUAGCUGAAUAUAUCUCCAAUAAAGUUAUGGUCUGUUCA